UGUUCCGGUUGUAUCGCAAGCAGAACUGCAAAUAACGGUUGAGUCGUACCAUCGAAGAAAACGUUGAGAUUCAGAACGACCGUUUCGUCGAAAAGUAGUCAAUCCAUCUAGAAUCACGCUAGAUCGUCAAGAUGACUGCUAUACCCGGAACAGUGGCAUUCGACGAAUACGGCCGGCCUUUCAUUAUUAUCCGCAACCAGGAGAAGCAGCAACGCCUUACCGGUCAUGAUGCGAUAAAGUCACAUAUUCUGGCAGCACGCAAUGUAGCCAAUAUCCUUAGAACAUCCUUGGGACCCAAGGGAUUGGAUAAGUUGAUGGUGAAUUCAGAUGGAGAUGUUACUGUAACUAAUGAUGGUGCAACCAUUUUAAAGAAUAUGGAUGUAGAGCACGAAAUUGCCAAGUUGAUGGUCCAAUUGUCAAAUUCUCAAGAUGAUGAGAUUGGUGAUGGCACUACUGGAGUAGUUGUAUUGGCCGGCGCACUUUUAGAACAAGCUGAACAGUUGCUGGAUAAGGGAAUUCAUCCGAUUAGAAUCGCUGACGGUUUUGAAUUAGCAGCCAAAUAUUCGACCGAGCAUCUCAAAACAAUAACGGAAGACUUUAAAGGAACUCCAGAGAAUUUGGAGCCUUACAUUGACAUAGCUAUGACCUCAUUAGGUUCAAAAAUCAUUAACAAGCAUCAUAGGCAGAUGGCAGAAAUAGCCGUUCAAGCUGUAUUGGCAGUUAUGGAUCCUGUCACUCGCGAUGUUAAUUUUGAAUUAAUCAAAAUAGAAGGAAAAGUCGGUGGUAGAUUGGAAGAUACUGUUUUAGUACGUGGAGUUGUUGUCGACAAGGACUUCAGUCAUCCACAAAUGCCUAAGAGGUUAGAAGACGUUAAAUUGGCCAUUUUGACUUGUCCGUUUGAACCACCAAAACCCAAAACAAAACAUAAGUUGGAUGUCACAUCAGUCGACGAUUACAGAGCCUUGCGCGAUUACGAGCGUGAAAAGUUUACGGAAAUGGUGAAGCAAGUCAAGGAUGCUGGUACUACACUGGCUAUUUGUCAAUGGGGCUUUGACGACGAAGCCAACCAUCUCUUGCUUCAAAAUAAUUUGCCUGCGGUUAGAUGGGUUGGCGGUCCAGAGAUUGAACUAAUUGCUAUUGCGACUGGUGGACGCAUCGUACCUCGUUUCGAGGAAUUGACAUCGGAAAAACUUGGUCAUGCUGGUGUCGUUAAAGAAUUAACAUUUGGCACAACAAAAGAUCGAAUGCUAGUCAUUGAAGAAUGCAAGAACUCUCGUGCUGUGACGAUCUUUAUUCGCGGUGGUAAUAAAAUGAUUAUCGAAGAAGCGAAACGAUCAAUACAUGAUGCAUUGUGCACUGUACGCAACGUAGUAAAAGACAACAGGAUUCUUUACGGUGGAGGCGCGGCGGAAAUAUCUUGCGCGCUGGUAUGCAUGGCACAAGCUGAUAAAAUUAGCACUUUAGAACAAUAUGCCUUCCGUGCCUUCGCUGAAGCUUUGGAGAGUGUUCCAAUGGCGCUCGCAGAAAAUUCAGGCCUUUCUCCAGUAGACACUAUAGCGGAGAUUAAAGCGCGUCAAUUAGUCGAAAAAAAUCCCGCUCUUGGGAUAGAUUGUUUAAAUCGAGGCACACCGAAUAUGAAGAAACAGAAUGUCAUUGAAACGCUGACGAGCAAGACGCAACAAAUUUUACUGGCUACACAGCUUGUGAAGAUGAUAUUGAAAAUUGACGAUGUACGUUCGCCAUAUAACAGCGGCGAAACUUAA